AGUGUCCAGCUGGCACUGUGUGGAGAAGGUCGUGUUGUGUGUGUCUCGCGCUGGCACUCGUGACGAGGAAAAUGUGCCAGUCCGCGAUGAGUGACGUGAUCGUGUCUUCAGGAAUGCAAUACUGAAUGGUUCAAAGAUAUGGCGAACAAAAGCAGCUGGUGAAAAAUAAUUACUGAAAUGUAAUAUCUGAAAGUGAUCAUGCUGUGUGGGGCGUAUCAGAAUAUUAUAAGGGAGUUAAACAAAAGUGUAACAAAAAGGAAGCAAUACCAGUGAUUUGUUGAAAAAGUUGACAUUGCUCUAAUAGUGCAGUGAAGCGUAUCAGGUCCUAAGUGAAGAGAAUUAUGUUUGUGCAAACGGCGAGCCAUCGCCAACGCAAUGUUCUCGAAAGUAUUCAAAGUAGACAAGAAAUCCCGAGAAGUGGCAAGCCACCCUCGUCCGGCGUCGUCCAACGACCAGAGGCCGACUUAUUACCCCCUCCUGCCCUCGUCGCUGCACGACCACAAGAAGCGUGUCACCAUCCAUGACACUCGAGCCGAGUCUCUGGACCAAGACCUCGACCUGUUGGAGCUGGUGUGCCGCAGCGACAGCCUGCACAAGAGGCUGGACGAGCUGCAGGCCAAGUACGAGAGAAUGGACGACGGAAUGCAAAACCUCUCGAGGGAGGCUCGUCUGAAGGAGAUGAAAUCGGACAAGAAGAACAGGCCGAUAUCGGGUUUAUUCAACACCGUGAGGGUCUCGAAAUCAUUCGAGGACCCUGAACCAAAGAAGCCAGGCUUCUUCCAGAGGAUAUUUCGGAACAGACUAUCUAAGAGCGAAGAUGACUUACAAGACGACACUACCAGCGCUCAUAAGAGAGGUGCCACAACCGACGACGACUUUGGUGACGGAAACAACACAACUGUGACUCCAGUCCUGAAAGAACGACGAUCUGCCAGUGAGGAUAUUUUAUCCACGAAGGACAUUUUGUUACGUCCUCCCGAUAAGCGCCAGAGUUGGAGCGCGGAAUUCUCCGAUCUAGGAGAGGUUGACGUCCUGCUGAUGCCUCCGCCUCCGCCGCCGCCCAACUUGGAAAAUUUGGCCAAACGAAGUGGCCUCAAGAGGAAAAGGAUUAUCAAAGUGUACAAUCUGGGUCCAUUAGACCACAAGAACGCCAGUAUGGGCUCCAGUGAGUCGUGCUGUGACUCGACGGACUCUGAGAUGGAGCUGCGAACGCAAAGUGCGAACAAGACUUUUUUCGGGCCACGCCAGACUUCCGCCGCCUACAGUUACCCGUCACGCACGUAUCAGGCCCUGGACCAGCGUUACGAAGCAGCAUGUACUUACCCUCACUGUGAUUCGAUGAAUGGGUGUAAGAAUGUGUGCCUGACGUCCUACCGACACCUGGAUGUCGUUAACAACACGGUCGAAGCGGGAGAGCAGGAGGGAGGCGGCAGGAAAUACGAGCCUCCCAGCGGGAGGCGGGACGCCGUCCGCGCCAGCCAGGAGGCAAAGGGGGAAGAAGACAAGCAGGAGAGUCCGGCGAGGGAAGACGGCCACGACGGAAAAAAAAUACACAUGUAUCAGAGCGAGGACAGCCUGGUGCAAGAAGCAACCAUCAGGAAGUGGAGUGAAAGAAAGAAAGAUGGCGUCAUGAAAGAGACGCACGCAGUGCCUGGGAAGAAACAAAUCUUUAAAGAUACCUUGGAAAGUCGCCCGCAGCCUUUUCACAGAGGUGCACAUGAACAUAAGGAGAUCGUGACGAGCAGAAACACAGAAGCCAUGACGCCAGCCCUGCGCUCCGGCCCUCACCAGCAUACAUCUCUUCCGUGUUUCCCAAGUAAUCAUAAUCUUCCAGAACAGCAACCGCCUUGUCAGGAGGACCUGCCUCUUGGUGCCAGUUCCAGUAGUCAAGAAUUGAAGCUCUCGAGGACUUCCAGCAGCCGCGAGCUCUCCGCGACAACCAGCCAGGACCUGCCCGCGCGCCUCCCCACGACAGCCUCCAUUAAGGAGCUGGACCACUUCCUCUCCGCCAUCAUCCAGAACCUGGAGUCGCAGCUACAGGCCGGGGGAAGCCUUAGCCUCAGACAUAAAACGGGGACAGUGGCUGCGGCGAAAAUGAAGAGGAAAAAGAGGAAGGAGGAGGAAGAGAACAUAAAGAGGGAAGAGGAAACGAAAAAAGAAUUGCCAGUCCAUCAACCGAAUGAUCACAGGUGA